AUGGCCAACAGGAACGUGUCUGAAGCCAGGGAUCAAGCUGAACCUCCUGCUAACAAACGCAGAAGGCCUAACCCUGCUGCUAAGGAGGACAGUGCAGGCUGCCCUGCAAAAGGGAAACAGCUCCAAGCCAAGAAAGUCUCAAAAGCUGCAGAAAUGUUGGCUGAAAGAAGACAGAAGGCUCUGAAAAGACAAGUUUCAAAAGGCAGGUCUGUGAAUCAUGGUGUUCUUCCUGGAUCUUGUGAAAAUAAGUAUUGUGGCUUGGGCAAGCAUUGUGUUGUCAACAGAGAAACAGGACAAGGGGAAUGUGCCUGCAUGGAAUAUUGCAAAUCUCAUUACAAGCCUGUUUGUGGUUCUGAUGGUGAAUUCUAUGAAAACCACUGCGAAGUACACCGAGCUGCCUGCCUGAAAAAGCAGAAGAUUACUAUUGUCCACAAUGAAGACUGCUUCUUCAAAGGGGACAACUGCAAUUCCAUUGAUUACAAGAAGAUGAAAAAUUUUCUGCUGGAUCUACAGAACAGAAAAUAUAUUCUACAAACAAAAGAAAGCAUUACUGAAGAUAAAAUCGCUUUGAAGAAAUUAUUGGUGGAUCAGAUGUUUAAAUAUUAUGAUUCAGACAACAAUGGACUUGUAGAUAGUAAUGAACUAACACAGGUAAUAAAACAAGAUGAACUUGGCAAGGAUAUGUCUGACUGCUCUCUUUUUGAUCUGUUGAAAUAUGAUGAUUAUAAUAGUGACAAGCAUCUUGGCCUGGAAGAAUUCUAUAGAGCAUUCCAGGUAAUACAACUGAGCCUGCCAGAAGAUCAGAAAGUAAGCAUUACGGCUGCGAUAGUUGGACAAAGUGCAGUUCUAAGUUGUGCCAUUCAGGGCACCUUGAGACCUCCAAUCAUCUGGAAGCGGAACAAUGUCGCUCUGAAGAGUUUAGAUUUAGAAGACAUCAAUGAUUUUGGAGAUGAUGGGUCGCUAUAUAUUACUAAGAUUACUACAACUCACAUGGGAAAUUAUAGCUGCUAUGCAGACGGCUAUGAUCAAAUCUAUCAGACUCAUAUUCUUCAAGUGAAUGCAGAAAUGUGGGAUUUACCCGAGCUGUCCUCUAGCUUUCAUUAUACAUGGAGGUUAAUGGUAAUGAUGAGAGAUAAUGCAAAGAUAGAAAUUGAUGUUGAUGAAAAUCAAAAUUUCAACCACCAUAACCAAACAAUAGCGGGUACAGAUUACUGUAAAGUAGUAAAUUAA